CGCAUUCGCUCAUUGGACGGCAUGGCAAGGUCAUGACUCCGCUGCGCAAGCGCAGAGCGGGUUCCCUCGGCUGUGUCAAUGUGGGGCGAGAAGCAGCAGCAGAUCUGAGCUCUUGCGGGAGAUUUUACAGUCGGGUCAAGUGUUCAGUCAUCGGAUCGCGUGUGUUCUCGAGCGUGCAGCGACGGAGCGUCAUGACGAGCAGCUCGAAGCGGAGAGAGGAGCUUCACGCGGUGAACGGAGGACUGAAGCAGUCCACAUGGAGCAAAGCCGUCCGCUGCAAAGCCGUGUGGGACGAGAAGGAUGAGUUUUUAGACGUCGUCUACUGGUUCCGGCAAAUCAUCGCUGUCAUCUUGGGUGUGAUAUGGGGUGUGGCACCUCUGAAGGGUUUUCUGGGGAUAGCCAUAUUCUGUGUCAUCAACGCAGGCGUCCUGUACGUGUACUUCAGCAGUUUCCAGCAGGUGGAUGAGGAGGAGUACGGGGGAACAUGGGAGCUCACCAAAGAGGGCUUCAUGACUUCAUUUGCUUUGUUUCUGGUGGUCUGGAUCAUCUUCUUCACGGCGCUACACUACGACUGAGGACUGCAGGACAGACAGAGACGGACGUUUAUUUAAAGUGGUCUGGAAGCGCUGGAUGCAGCUACUGUUCCGAGGCGUCUGCACAUGUUUUCUUCAGCAUGUGUGCGCCUGAGGAAGAGGUGCAUCGUGGGUACAAGACAUGUUA